AACGACAAGUCGAACAGCUGCAGCAGCGUCGCACACCACCUUGUUGGACUCCAUGAUGCCCUAUCGCCUGUUUGCCGCAGUGGUUUUGCUGUGGGCUAGUGAUGGGCAGGCCCUGCUGUCUCCAAAAGUUCCGUUAGGAAGCACCAGCAGCGCUGCUUCCCCGCCGUCCUCGUUACCACCAACGGAAGCACCAGAAAGAGGACACCCACUGGCGACCAUGAAAGAAAUAACAACACAGAAGAACCGGGUCAGAGCUAAGGACUGUGGAACGCGUAGCACUCUAGCCGCUGCAGGUCUCGCGUUGUCGUUGUUCAUCUCAAACCCGGGCUCGUUAGCGGCGGAUCCAGGCAUGCCGGGAAGUGGCCUUGGGUGCACCACCAGUACGAACCCGAGCUAUAGCCUCGUCUCUUGCGAUCGUACAGGGUUGGAUCGAAAUGGACGCUUGCUUGGAUGCAGUUCUUCGGAGAACUGCUUGAGCACCUCCGCCGUCAAAGUGCCGGGCAAGCUGGGCAGCCCGUGGGAGUACGCGAUGCGGACCGACGACGCCGACACGGCGUUCGCUUCCCUGGUACAUGCGGUCGAGCGAACAUCAGAGGCCACCAUGAAGAUCGUUGACCGAGAAGGGCACUACAUCUUGGCAGAGUUUCCGUCGAAGGUGCCUCCUGGCAGCGUUGACUCAGUGGAGUUCUUGGUCAAGCCGGAAGAUCAGAUUGUUCUCUAUCGCUCGGUUAGCCGAGACACCUUGUUCCUUUACCCGCUUCAGCAGCCAGUGUCCGACCAGGGGAAGAUCAAGGAGAGAUUAGAAGGUAUCCGAAAUGACCUCGGAUGGAACAUGUACACGUACCGCGGAGAGUAG